AUGAUGAUCUUCGAGAGCUACGGCCAACUCUUAGAGGAAAAGGCGCAGGUACAGCAGCGCCAAGAUGCUGAUGCUGCUACAAUUCGGGCGCUUGUCGCCAAACUCGACGAGGCUGAAGCAGAGUGGAACGAGGAGAAAUUUGAUUUCAAAGACGAAGUCAAGCGACUCGAGGUUCUCCUGGCAAAAGAGAGUAAGCGCGGCAUGGCUGAAGUCACUCUCGCUCGACAAGACAGCAAGCUUCGCCAUCGCAUGUCGCGCGGCUUUGAUAAGAAAGAAACGAUAUUCGAGUUUCUUGAGAAAUCGAAUCUGCGUGACGAUAGAUACCACAGUCAGAGAGGU